AUGACCCCCCCUUCGCGCGUGAGACAUGCCACUCAUGCGCCCCCGACCAACCGACCACCCGAGUCUCACCACGCACAACUUGUCAGCGACCUGGCACCCGACAACCUCAUCGUCGGGUGGUCUCGCCUGGAGAACGGCGUCUUCAUCCAACGCAAACCCUUCCUCUUCUUUGGAGACCAGUUCGUAUCCAACCCUCUUCCCGCCCAGUUCCACCCCUCGACGGGUGCAUCAGCCAUCGAACCGGCGCCCAUGUCUCUCCCGCCCACGCGAUCGUGCCUCGUGCUCUUGAUCUGCAUCCAAGAGCUCCUAGCCAACGUGUAUAAGACCGCAACUCGCAGUCUUGUCAUCUCCGAGACCACGCUGGGCAUCCCGUUGAGCAAGCCCCCUCCGCAUCGCCGCGGCAACGAUCGCAUGGCCACCCGCCGGUGGUACCUCGAGACCUCUCCGGACGGCCGAUACCAGUUCGUCUCGCUGAAGCGCUCCCGCUCUCACCACCAUGACCGUCGCCACCACCACCACCAUGACCCUCAGCCGCCGUCUCCGUCGCCGCCGCCACCUCACCGCUGCUGCCGUGACGACUGCGCACACGUUACCCGAGAGGAGUGGAAUGACCUCGUCGAGCGCGAGCGCAAGCUCCGCGAGGUCAACGACGGUCUCGCCCGCGAGAACUACUCGCUCAAGUGCAACCUCCAAGCCUCCAACAACGAGGGCCAGCGCCUCAGCGGCCUCGUCACGGCACUGCAGGCCGAGCACCAGCUCCUGCGCGAAGAGAUUGCAUCAUUGCGCUGCUCCAUCGACAGCUCGAGCGACAACGCGGCCAAGUACCUUCGCGAGAACGAGCGGCUGAAACACAAGCUGUCCAAGGUCGAGAAGGAACGGGACGGGCUGCUGGCGCGCGUGAGGGAGCUCUCGCGGCACGCGCAGCACGGCUUGUUGGAGCGCAUCGAGGAGCUGAAGCGGCUGGCGCUCACGUUGGAGCGGAAGUUUGACGCCGUGGACGAUCACAACAAGAGGCUGCGGCGUGACCUCGAGGCGCAGAGGUGCUUCAUUGCGGACCAGGAGGUGAAGAUCCGGUUGUACGAGCGGGUUCUCCGUCGUCACGGCUUCAUCCGAUGCGACUGA